AUAACAACAACUGACAUUAGUCAGUCCAAGCGUGGUUGUGACGUUGCUAUUAGUAAUCGUAGUAGUUAUUUUGUUGUAAUGAGGUGCAAAUUUAGCUACUUAUUUAUUAUUCUUUAAUUGAAAGAGAUCGUUUCUUUUUUGAGAAGUGUGUCAUGUACUACACUUCCGAGCUCAUUCCAGCGAAAUUUUUAAUUUUAGUUGCCCACUUUAUAAUUUGCGUGUUGUUAUUAUGGAACAGUCCGCAGAGCGUGAAGGCCUGUUUAACGGAGGAGACGUCCGAUCAAAUUUUUCAAGUUCACCAUACUCAGCUGGUGGUUGGAUUGAGUGUUGCUGUUGGAAUGAUUUGUUUUGAACUGUUAAUUUUUCUGAUUGGUCUAACCAUGUUUCAUCCCACAUCCGCCUUAUUGUGUAUCCUUCAUUGUCACUUUUGUUAACAAUAACCGAGGUUUGGGGUCGGGAAAAAAAUAAUAAGUUUAUCUUUUUAAUUAAGUUGAUUUAUUGAUUACAUUUGCAAUUUUAACUCAGACAUAACAUUUAAAUUGAAAAAACAGGAAUACUGCGUCUUUCUUUAUUUUACCUUAACUACUACAUACACAGCCAUUGGCUGCCACGCUAGUGCUUGUCUUCUUCUCAGUUGUAUCAUUCUGGAUGGCUGGCAGUGUGGGUGGUUUUGGUGGAUUUUCAUGCUGGGUUCAGUGAUACCAAUUUUGAACGACUCAUGCAUUCUCGUUGACAUUCUAAUCAACAAAAAAUACUAAUAUAAUUAAAACGUCACUGCUUUUAAAAUCUAGUCAGAUGCAUGCUGUGUUACUUAUCUUAAGGCAAACGCACAACGAAUGUGAUCUUUAUUACUUAAAAGUGGACUUAGUUAAGCAAAAAAUUAAAUCCGUCCAAGCCCACGAUGUUCAAAUUGUUAUAAAUUUGUAAUGUAGUUACGAAACAAAAACCAAUAAAGACAUUAUUCAGCACUUCCACGAUUUAUUUCUAUCUCUAAUCUUAAUUAAAUUUUGAUAAUUAUAAUUGAAAAUCGUACGAUCGUCGACUUAUAUGUAACCUACUUGUAAGAACCAGCAGUCGAAGACAUGGCUUCAAACCAAAAGGAAAUCUCGGUAACUCGCCCAUCAUGGACGAGAGUGUUGGUCCUGGCGGGAGCCGCCACCACCAUCGGUUGUUCCCUUCCUGUUGGCUACAAUAUAGGCGUGGUCAACUCGCCCGCAGGAGUGAUUAAAAGUUUUUGUAAUGAGAGUGUCCAAAGCCGGUAUGGAGUAAUUUUGCAGAAGAACGGCCUAGAUUUUCUGUGGUCGACCAUCGUAGCGAUUUUUCUAGUAGGUGGUACCGUGGGUUCCCUCGGUGGUUCAUAUUUUGCCGAUAAAGUCGGACGCAAAGGUGCCUUAAUAGUCAGCUCUGGAAUAGGAACUCUAGCUGGGGUUCUGUUCUUCGUUUCAAAAACGGCUAACUCGAUCGAGAUGUUGAUAGCCGGAAGGUUAUUAGUGGGGGUAUCGUCAGGUCUGAUAACUAGUGUAAUGCCGAUGUACUUAACUGAGUUAGCUCCAAGUUUACUCCGAGGGUCCAUGGGAGUAUUGUGUCCUUUGGGGGUGACGUUCGGAGUCUUAGUCGGACAAGUUCUCUCCUUAUACAAAAUUCUAGGCAACGAAGAAUUCUGGCCACACUUACUCGCUUUUUAUCUACUACCAUUACUCUUAUGCAGCUUCCUGCUAAUUUUUUUGCCUGAAAGCCCCAAGUAUUUAUUUAUAGUGAAAAAGCAGCCGCACUUGGCCAUCCAACAAUUAGCUUCUAUUCGUAACGUCAAGGAAGAGUUCCUGGACCAAGAAAUCCACGAACUGCGCCUGGAAGAGCAAGACAAUGACGUAGACGAAAGUGACUCGUGGAACUUACUCAGGGUGUUGAAAGACAAAACGCUUCUACUGCCACUUCUCUUAGUUUGUAGUCUUCAAGCCGGUCAACAGUUUAGCGGAAUCAACGCCGUCUUCUACUACUCCGUGAUCAUCUUCCAAGAGGCCGGAUUUUCGCUGGAGAAUAGCCAGAUCGCGACAAUUGCAGCCGGCUGUUGCAAUCUCCUCAUGGCAAUAAUUUCGAUUCCUGUGAUGGCGAAAUUCAACCGAAGGUGUACACUCCAAGUCAGUCUAAUAACGACAGCGGUGUUCCUAAUCGUUUUAGGAACGGCAGCAACUUUUAUUUCAACAAUAUCCUGGAUGCCGUACUUAAGCAUUGUGGGCGUUCUAGGAUUCGUGGUUUGCUACGGGAUCGCACUCGGUCCCGUUCCUUAUUUCAUAGGGUCCGAGCUGUUCGAAGUUGGACCCAGACCCAGCGCGAUGGCUCUAGGCAGCAUGGCGAACUGGGGAGGCAAUUUCUUCAUCGCGCUACUUUUCCCAUCAAUGCUAACGUACUUAAGAGCUAAAUCUUUCUUUAUUUUCGCGAUUGUGGUCAUCGCGCUGUAUUUUUUUAUCCGGUUUUAUUUGCCUGAAACUCGGGGUCGAGACCCAGUCGAAGUUGCCGCUUUGUGUAAGCAGGGGUUUUCAUCCAGGCCGGUGGAGUCGCCGGUCAAUUCGGCCAGCACUGUCGAGACGUUUUCGAUAUCAGACGUAAAGGAGGUGUAAUCGUGUUCACCUCGGUUUUAUUUAAGGUUUUGUAUUGUCGGGUCUUCCACUUUAAAUAAAAUGUUUUGUGACCA